GGGUGGCCAGCGCGUGGGGACUGCCUGGCGGUGAGCCGCACUGCAGGGAGCGCAGGGCGCGGGAGAGGCCGCUCACAGGCGUCCUCCGACGGUGGAGUGCGGGGACCCGCAGGGACAGGGCACCCUGGGUGCUCCCGGAGGUCAUUCCCCUUGUUGGGCAGUGCUUUCCCAAGUGUCCCCGCUUUUUCUGGACGCGUGGGAGCCUGUGGUUCAGCUAGUCUCCACGGAGCUGGCAUAUCCUGUAUGUCUAAGCUCAUGGGAAACUUGAGCGCAGCGCCCCACCAGGGAACGGUUGUUACUGAUGCCGCGAGCCUGGCCGCCCGAGGAGGUGACCCCGUGCAGUUUGCUGACCUGCAUCUUGGGCAGUGCGCGCCCCUGAGUCAGCUUUGCACCGCAAGGUCAGGCCGGGUCCCAAUGGUUCAUUCCGGGGAGAACGUGUUUGCUGGGCAGUCAAAGAUCUAUGCCUACAUGAGUCCGAACAAAUGCUCUGGAAUGCGCUCCCCGCUUCAGGAAGAGAAUUCGGUUGCACAUCACGAGGUCAAAUGCCAGGGGAAACCAUUAGCUGGAAUCUACAGGAAGCGAGAAGAGAAAAGAAAUGCUGGGAAUGUGAUCCGAAGCGCCGUGAAGUCCGAUGAACAGAAAAUCAAAGAUGCCAGGAGAGGUCCCCUGGCACCUUUUCCAAACCAAAAAUCCGAAGCAGCAGAACCUCCAAAAACUCCACCCCCGUCAUGUGAUUCUACCAAUGCAGUGGUUGCAAAACAGGCCCUAAAAAAGCCCCUCAAGGGCAAACCAGUUUCUCGGAAAAAGUCUCAAGGGAAAACGCAGCAGAAUAGAAAACUCACAGAUUUCUACCCUGUGAGAAGGAGCUCCCGUAAGAGCAAAGCUGAGCUGCAGUCUGAAGAGAGGAGAAAAAUAGAUGAGCUGAUUGAGAGUGGUAAGGAGGAAGGCAUGAAGAUUGAUCUCAUUGAUGGCAAAGGCAGGGGUGUGAUUGCCACCAAGCAGUUCUCGAGGGGGGACUUUGUGGUAGAGUACCAUGGGGACCUCAUUGAGAUCACCGAUGCCAAGAAGCGGGAGGCUCUGUACGCGCAGGACCCCUCCACGGGCUGCUACAUGUACUAUUUUCAGUAUCUGAGCAAAACCUACUGCGUGGAUGCCACUCGAGAAACGAACCGCCUAGGGAGACUGAUCAACCACAGUAAGUGUGGGAAUUGCCAGACCAAACUGCAUGACAUUGAUGGCGUGCCUCACCUCAUCCUCAUCGCCUCCCGAGACAUCGCAGCUGGGGAGGAGCUCCUGUACGACUAUGGUGACCGGAGCAAGGCCUCCAUCGAAGCCUACCCUUGGUUGAAGCACUGACCGCGUGGCCUCCCUGCCUCCCUGCCUCCUUCAAAGGACAAAGUGCCCUCAAAGGGAAAUGAUUUUUUUUUACACACACAAACACACACACACACACACACACACACACACACACACACACA